UGUUUUACGUUCCUCCUAUCGCACUUUUUCAAUGUAAUAUUUUAUUUUACUUUUUUCUUUGCUUUGUUUUCUUAUAUUGCGGCUAGCUGACUGCGACCAUAUGGUCAACGCCGACUCAAUGAGGGAUGUCUGCCGCGCGCGCUCGUGUCUCUCGCGUGCCAGUUGGUCAAAAUUUGCUUUGCAGACCAUCAGCGGGGAUUCCGACAGCCAAAUGGCAGCUAGAACGCGCGCAGAUGAACAGUUGGCCUUUUAAAUAUUUUCGAUGACGGAGUAUUUUUGAACACUUCAAUGGCGAAAGUAGCUUAGACGAACAACCAGUCCGUGUUGAAAUACAGUGAAGUGAGGAUCAAAAGAAUAUGAACUUGAACGCUAGCUCUUUAGAAUUACAGCAAAAGAUCUUACGGCAACAAAGUCAACAAUCGCACUUGUUUAACACAUUUGCAACCAAUUUUAGUGAUUUAUCUUACGCGUCUUCUGAGGAGGAUGGGUCGCAACGCUGCAUAAGUAGUCCCAGCUACGCGCACAUCGAUGUGAGUGGCUACAAAGAAAAUUGUGAAAUGUUACGCGACUGGCCUUCAGCUGUAAGCUAUACGCAAGGCAACCCAUUACAACACAUCUCCGAAGCCGAACUCUAUCAAAACUACACCUAUAAAUCGGUACAGCUCCAGCAGCACUAUGAUUUUAAUACCAGUAUAGGUUCCUGUAAUGAAACUGGAUCUACCAGCACCACACCCAGUGUGUCUGGUUCACCUGUGACAACUAAACCUGCUAAAUCCAGCAGACGUUCUGGCGGUCAUUUCUGCAAAGAAUCACUGACAAAAAGACCAGAUACCGCUUUGCAACCUCCUAGCCCUACUGUGCUUAAGCGGCGGCGCCAAGCAGCAAAUGCACGGGAACGUAAACGCAUGAAUGGUCUGAAUGAGGCCUUCGACCGCCUGCGAGAAGUGGUGCCCGCUCCUACGAUUGAUCAAAAACUGUCCAAAUAUGAGACGCUACAAAUGGCGCAGAAUUAUAUAACGGCACUUUGUGAGAUGCUCGAGAACGGCUUCAGCGCAGCCAACUAUAUAACCCAGAGUGGCGAUAAAACAACGUUCCAAGAGGAUAUCUGGCUGCAGUAAAAACGAAGCACGAUAACCGUAAAGAAAGAAGAAUGAGUAAUAGGAGAUGUGCUGUGCAGUUCUAAACCAAAGCAAACUGCAGCAUGGCUGGAGUACCCGCCAUGCUCUAGUAGUGUUAAGUGAAUAAGGAAAUACUCUUAACUAUGUUACGUAAGAAUAAGUGCUUUUAAUUAAAAUU